AUGGAGAGAAUAUUUUAUAAAACGAAUCUAUGUGAUCCAAGUACUCAACUACCCAUAUUCAUUUUCGACACAUCCUAUCUACCAUCCACAGAGGUGAUUAGUUAUGAUGAGUUCAUCCCUACUUUGAUGAAGCACUUACCGAAGGAAAAUUACGUGUUGGUAAUGUUCAGUUGUGGUUUGAACAAGAUUAGCUGGAUAUGGGGAAUCAAAUUCUUGAAGAGCUUUUUAACCGAUAACAAUGAAAAUCAUUUAGAUAGAUUAGCGAAAAUUAUAUCUGUGCAUGAUAGUUGGUUUGUAAAAUCCAUAACUCAGAUAUUCAAGAAUUAUAACACGACUAGAAAAAAUUUCAACUCGUUGAAUAAGAUCAUUGAAUCUUUCAAUGUUAGGAUAGAGAAUUUCGGGAAUCUAACAAAUCUGUCCAAUACAAUCGUACAUUAUAGUAAAUUGUCAGAAUUGAAUAACUACAUUGAUAUAACCAGGUUGAAGAUCUCCUUGAAUAUUUAUAAAUACAAUCAUCAACUAGAAAACCAGCUCAAUAUAAAAUCGUUUACUCCACUAAUUAAUAAAGGAACCAAAAUUAACGUGGAUACGAAUCCCAAUUUUUAUCAUCAUUUUUACCAAAUUUUCAACAUAAUAGACAGUUAUGGACACAAGAGUGAAUUAAUAUUCCACAAACCAGGAAAAAAAUUGAACACGGAUAUCUUCUUCGAUUGUAUCAACAGAAAUCAAGUACUUUGGAUAAAUGAUUGGGAUCUAUAUUGCAUUUCUGCCACUUUCAAGAGGAUCUUGAUGGAGCUACCUCAACCUUUAAUCGCAAUUGACAACAUAAAUCUCCCAUUAAAAUAUGAUCUUACAUUUAUACGGGAUAACUUUAGUAAGAUAAUGAAUAGUUUCGAGCCAGAAUCAAAUUAUAACUUAGUCUUAUUACAAUUAUGCGAAUUAUGCCAUAAGGUGAUUGAAAAUAACAGUGUUACAAAACAUACCUCGUCUUCUUUAUCAAAAUGCUUAAGUCAUUGUUUAAGUCAUGAGUUGAUUCUGAUGCAAAAUAAGGACAACAUUUUGAUUAUAAAUCGCUUUUUCAAGACAAUAUUAGACAAUUGGAGAGAAUUGAGAAUAGAUUACGCUGGUAAGUACCAAAGCAUAUAUGAGAUUAUUAAUGGUCUGCCAGGGGAUGAAGAAAUACUGACAUCUUACGACAUGAGUUAUGAUUUAACAUUAGACGACGGCGAAGAGGAUGAUAGGGUCACAUUCAAUACCAACCAUAUUUUGACGACAAAUUCAAGAUUAAUAAAUGUGAGCCCUCAGAGACAGCAACAUACCCCCAUAUCGAGCCCUAGAAAGCAAAAUGUAUUAACAAGCCCCACAAGACGAAAUACUCCGAUAAGGUCACCUUCAAAGUCACCGAGGAAAUCACCAAGGAAAUCAACAAGGAAAUCCGUUAAGAAAUUGCAUGCUAAUUUAGCUGAUGAAUUCCAAAAUAAGGAGAACUUACCUGAGAAUUCUAAUUUAGCAAUUCAAUAUCCACCCCAAAAAUAUAAAUUCCAAGUUGAAAAGCCUCUUGAACAUGAAAUUAGCAAGAUAUCCAUUUCAACGAAUAAUAGCAAGAAACCCGUUAUUAGAGGUAGAAAAGUUGGAGAAUUAGCUAAAUUAUUUGAAGAAAGGACCAAAGGGUUAGAAUUAUUAAAGGGAAUGUAA